AUGACGUCUCAUUGCAUGCCUGGUUUGUUCAAGUUUUGUGCACUUGCAUUUGAUGCUCAAGGUGGAAUCUUGCUCGGGUGGCUCAGCCGGAAAGGCGGACGCGAGAAGCGGGUCUCAAGCUUGAGCUGCACCUGCACUUGCACUUGCAUUUGUGCACUUGCGAGUCCUGGGCAGCUCAACUUUGUAGGUGGAGCGAGUCUCCGCUUUGCAUCUGCCACAAAGUCAGGCGACGCGGGGAGGAGGUCAAUUUGA